GUACAUUGAUGUUCAAACUUAUGAAACAUUUGAGGUCACUUUUUAUGUACAGUCGGUAAUGCAGGUUUGAUUUUGUGUGACAGGAACUUUAUCGGCCAUUUCCUUUCUUUUCGUCUGUACACGGCGUAAAUAGGUUUUAAACAAUGACUAACUCGAAGGGAUACCGCAGAGGAACGAGAGACUUGUUCUCUCGCAAGUUCAAAAAGAGCGGAGUGAUCCCUCUGGGAACUUACAUGAAAGUGUACAAGGUGGGAGACAUUGUCGACAUUAAAGGAAACGGUGCCGUGCAAAAGGGUAUGCCCUACAAAGUCUACCACGGAAAGACCGGCCGUGUAUUCAACGUGACCCCCCAUGCUCUUGGAGUGAUUGUUAACAAGCGCGUACGUGGCAGGAUUAUGCCCAAACGUAUCAACAUCCGUGUCGAGCACGUAAUUCAUUCCAAGUGCAGGGAAGACUUCUUGACUCGCGUCAAACAAAACGAGAAAUUGCGUAAAGAAGCCAAGGAAAGGAAUGUAAGAGUUUGCCUUAAGAGACAACCAGCUCAACCAAGGCCUGGAUACUUUGUCAGUGGCGAAGUACCAGCUGUACAAUUGGCCCCCAUCCCAUAUGAAUUUAUCGCUUAAGUUGUAAGGUUUCUACAAAAAAUUAUAAAAUAAACACUGUAUGGUGG